AUCCCUUUCUAAUCAAUACAGCUACAAUAACAUCUCCAUCCCAUCCCUAGUCAUCUCCCCUUUGCAAUUGUCUUGGGUAUAUAUAUAUAUAUAAAUACAUUGCUGCUGGCCCUCUCCUCUCCUUUUCUCCUCAUCAUAUCCUUCUCCAUCCUCGCUUACUGAUACUCUCCAUCAGCGACGAAAACUACACGGCAUCUCAUCCUGAGAACAUCACACUCCCUUUGAUCAUUCUUGAACACCCCACUCUUUCCACACGCUCACCCACACACACACACGCGUACAUACUCUUAUAUACCGCCGCCAUGGCCUCCUCACCAAUCCCCAAUGACUUUGCCUUGAUGACGCCCACCAUCAUCGAUCUCAAGGCCCACGAAAGGAACAAGAAGCGCCGCUCCUCGCGAGAUGCCUACCCUAGUCCAGAGUCUGCUGCCAGUCAGGACACCCAUGCCGAGGUUGAUGUCUCCCUCAAUCUUGAUGACUCCGACAGUGCAGAGUCCGAUAGCAUGGAUACUCUGACCGACCCUGCCUCCUGUGUCGACAGCGAUGCCCGCAGCAACAGCAGCAGCAGAAGCAGUGUUUCUGAUGCCGACGACAACGAGAAUGCUGAGCCUGCUACUGCGCCGGCGUUUGAUCUGCGAAGGAUGAUCCUCUCGGGUCUCUGUCCGCAGGUCAAUGGUGCUCCUAAGACGAUUCCCACAAUGGUUCUGUAUGAUGACCGUGGACUACAGCUCUAUGACGAAAUCACCUACUUGGACGAGUACUACCUCGCCAAAGAGGAGAUCGAGAUCCUGGAGCGGGAAGGCGACAAGCUUGUGGAGCACAUCCCCGACAACAGUGUUGUUGUUGAGCUAGGAGCAGGCUCGCUUCGCAAGACGGUGCUGCUGUUGAAUGCGCUAGAGAGGAAGCGCAAGAAUAUUCGCUACUACGCGCUAGACCUGAUGCUGGACGAACUGACCAAGUCCCUCAAGUCCCUCGGAAAAUUCGCCAACGUCAAGACAGCUGGUCUGUGGGGCACCUACGACGAGGGCCUGGCCUUCGUCAGCUCAUUCGGCCCUGAGGUCCCCAAGACACUUCUCUGGUUGGGCUCAUCGAUCGGUAACUUGACCCGCGAGGAGGCCAAGGAUUUCAUCGCCUCCUAUCGCAAGACUCUCAACGUCGGCGACAACUGGAUCAUCGGUAUCGAUCGUCGUAAUGACGCCAAGGAUAUCACACUGGCCUACAACGACCCUAAGGGCGUCACUCGCGAUUUCAUCAUGAAUGGUCUCGACCACAUUAAUGUCAUCCUGAAUCAGGACUUUAUCGAUCGUGAAAAGUUCCGCUAUUUUGCCCAGUACAACGUCGAGGUCGGCCGUCAUGAAGCCUAUUAUCAAGUCAAGGAGACACACGAGUUGAUCUAUAAGGACCCCUCAUCCGAGAGCCAGGAGUUGCGUGUCCAACUCCAGAAGGACGAAAUCAUCAACGUCGAGUACUCCUACAAGUGGUCGCUUAAUGAGUCAACAGAGUUGUUUGAGCAGACAGAGAUGAACAGGAUUGGACAAUGGACGAGUUCAAGUAACCGCUAUGAUCUUCACCUGGUCCGCAAGACGCCUUUCUUUUUCAAGUCGACCCAUCCCAAGCCUUGUCCCACGGAAGAAGAUUGGGCUGAGCUCUGGAAGGCUUGGGAUGUGAUCACCAUGCACAUGAUCCAACAUCCAGGCAUGCUUCUGGAGAAGCCCAUUGCCCUGCGGCAUCCGUUCCUGUUUUACCUUGGUCACAUCCCAGUUUUCCUGGACACACAGAUGUCAAGGGUCCUGAACGAGAAAUUCACCGAGCCAGCGUACUUCAACGUGAUCUUUGAGCGCGGCAUUGACCCGGACGUUGAUGACCCUACCAAGUGUCAUGACCACUCUGAGGUCCCUGACGCUUGGCCCGAGAUCGAAUCCAUCGUCGAUUUCCGUGAUCGUGUUCGGGAACGCCUCCACAGGGUGCUGAAUGACACUACGACUUAUCCCAUGAACCGCCGGCUGGCCCGUGUGUUGUUCAUGGCAUUUGAGCACGAGGUGAUGCAUCUGGAGACGCUGAUCUACAUGCUUGUUCAAUCACCCAACACAUUGCCACCGCCAUCGAUUUCUACGUCCUGGAUGACUAGGGUCCACACCCCUGGAGCGCCUUCAACUGCUCCCGCAGCAUCAUGGAUCUCGAUCGAACCCUCUAAGCUAGAUCAGACUAUCCUGUCUCUCGGACAUGACGAUUCGGAGGCAGCAGACCUUUCAGAGAAGACGAGGAGCGACCUCGAUACUCAGUUUGGCUGGGAUAAUGAGAACCCUCUCGUCACUUCCAGGAAGGCCCCAUCGGCCUUCAAGAUCCAGUCUCGCCAGGUGACCAAUAGUGAGUUCUACACAUACCUGCAAGCGACUGGUAACCAGGGUCAGCUGACGAAUGAUAGCCGCAUCCCCGCAUCCUGGUCCAUCAAGGAGGAUGGCGUCUGCGUCAAGACCGUUUACGGACUUGUGCCCUUGUCCAUCUCGGGUGAAUGGCCAGUAUCCUGCUCCAACAUUCAGGCGGCGGGCUAUGCUUCUUGGCUCUCGAAGCAGUCAAACCAGACCUACGCGUUACCUACGGAGUACGAGCUCUCGAUUGCAUUCAAGCUGAAACAGUCAACGGUCCCUAAGACUGGUCUGGAGAACUAUGGUUUCCGACUGUGGUACCCUUCACUGGAGGAAUCGGCUCUUCGACCUAAACAGGAGGGUGCGACCACGAUCGCUGAUUUUAGUGGACCAGGAGGAUUGUGGGAUUGGACCUGCACGCCGUUUGCACCACUGGUCGAGAGGGACGCGUUUGAGACCUCGAGGCUUUACCCAGGAUACUCCUCGGAUUUCUUUGAUGAGAAGCAUAUGGUGGUAUUGGGAGCUUCGUGGGCCACGCACCCUAGAGUCGCUGAGAGACGUAGUUUCCGCAACUGGUACCAGGCCAACUAUCCGUUUGUCUUUGCUGGAUUCCGUCUUGUGCAGCGAUGCUAGAAGAGAAAAAAAGAAAAAAAAAAGAAAGCGAACUGCGACCGUAGAAACACAUGCAUAUUUGUAUACACAAAAAACCAAUGAAUACCCAGUACCUUAAGAAGGUG